GCCGCACGGCGUGUCGUCACGUCCGGUGGUAUCGAGCUCGGAGAAGAUGGCGGCUGUAGUAGUGAGCGCUGAUGGAGGCGUCGCGCCGCUGGAUCCGGACUCCGUGUCGCCGCGGAUCCCGUCUCCGGCGCCGGAGCAGCCGCUCCAGAACAACGCGCUGCUGGGACUCCCGAUCGUGGCCAUCGAGAACAUCCUCAACUUCCUGUCCUACGACGAGAUCAGCCUGCUGCGACUGGUGUGUAAACGCAUGGAUAUGAUUUGCCAGCGCAUGCUCAAUCAAGGCUUCCUGAAGGUGGAGCGCUAUCACAGCCUGUGCCAGAAACAGGUCAAAGCCCAGCUGCCCAGGCGGGAGUCGGAGCGGAGGAACCACUCGUUAGCGCGGCACGCAGACAUACUGGCAGCGGUGGAGACGCGUCUGUCGCUGCUCAACAUGACCUUCAUGAAAUACGUGGACUCGAACCUCUGCUGCUUCAUUCCUGGAAAGGUGAUCGAUGAGAUUUAUCGUGUUUUGCGUUAUGUGAACUCCACACGCGCGCCGCAGAGAGCUCACGAGGUGCUGCAGGAGCUGCGAGACAUUUCCUCCAUGGCCAUGGAGUACUUCGACGAGAAGAUCGUCCCCAUCCUGAAGAAAAGGCUUCCCGGCGCGGAUCUCUCCGGACGGCUGAUCGGAUCUGCUCCAGUGGCCGGCCCCUCUACCUCUCUGACCACCAUGUCCCUGCUGGCCAAGAACACUCCGUCGCGCUCGGAGAUGACCAAGGUGCAGCAGCAGGUGAAGGUGAACGGCGCGUCGAUGACGGCGCUGCGGCGCGAGAUGCAGGAGGUGCGGGUCAAGCAGCUGGAGCAGCAGAAGCAGCUGCAGGACCAGGAGCAGAAGCUGCUGGAGCAGUCGCAGGUGAUCGGGGAGCAGAACGCCCGGCUGGCCGAGCUGGAGCACAAGCUCAGGGAACUGAUGGACAGCGCGGUGGCCUCCACCUCCUCCGGCUCUUCCGGCUCCUCCGCAGCCGCCGAGGGCGAGAGCAGCCUGUGUCUCAAACGGCCCCGCAAGUGCUCGGACCUCCCGCGUCACUCCAAACGCCUGCGUAGCAAGAAAUAGAGGGACCUUUCUCCGUACCUUUCCGGUUUUCUUUUGCUUCCUUAAAGCUAUAUCAUUUUUCCACUUAUGUCAAACGAUGCCGCGAGCAUCACGCGGAGGGAAGUCAUAACGAGAGAGGAAUCGUAUUGUUUUAUCAUGUGUCGCGCGUCCCUCAUAUCAGACACGUAUUAAUAUACACUAAUAUGCUUGAGCCCCGUCGCUUGACUUCUGUUUCUAAAGGUUUGGCAUCUGUCUUGAGCAACAUUUUGUCUUUCACGUUCCUUCAUGCCAAUGAGCUCGAGGAAACCAUGCAAAGAAGCUUUAGUCAAUCAACGGCAAGAAUGAGGAAGACGUGGACUCAGACCUGGCGCUUCUGAAGGCGCCGCCGCUUCUUCGCGCUCCGCAGUAGUUUCCACCAUAAAUAGGUUCGACUCUGUACGAAGUUUUCAAGUUAAAACUUAGACCCCCUUCUGGAAGUGGAGAACACGAGGUGUUCGUCACCCGACUACUAAGUUAUAUUGUUAUAUAAAUGGUAAAUAUCAGCUUUGUUCUAUGUUCUAAGAGUGAAAUAUUUCAUCUGAGAUGUGCCUCGACAGUAUGAGCAAGUCAGUGGUCUUGCAGACGUCUGCAGCUGUAGCAUACAUGAUUAUAUUGUUUGUCUAAAGAUCGUCCAUCACUGAGGAUAGUGUCUUGUAGGUGUCAAUGCCAUGUCGUACCUGCCACUGUUUGUAGGUGUAUAAUUUACUGCAAAUAGAUCUGUGUCAGUGCAAUAAAAAUUGUGGAAAGCCUUGUUA